AUGGCGACCGAGGCAGAGGAGAUAAGAAACCAAACAAGCCCAUGUCCCAUCCCCGACAACAGUCUCAGCACUCUGUCCAUCAAAAUUACGCGGAAAAACCAGGAUAGACACUGGAAGUUGCGGUUUAUUUACCUGCAGUGCUAUUUCCUAACCAUUGCAACAAUCCUGGGAACUGGAAUCCUAGGUCUUCCAGUAACAAUAGCCCAUGCUGGACUGGUGCCUUUCCUUGUCUCUUUUCUUGUUGGCUUCUUUGUCCAGGCCUUACUUAUCUACCUGUUUGUAGAACUUCUUCAGAAAUGCCAGGUGGUGCAGCUGGAAUCUUUAAAGACAGGUGUGGCAGAAUGUAUUGUGAUGGAUCAAGUGGGAAUGGAGGACCCAGCCCCCACAGAGGAGGAGGACGAUGAUGAGAGUGAAAAUGCAGAAGCUGAUACAGGUUUACUACAGCCGGAUGCCACGGCCUUGCUCAAUGAAGAGGACAGUCUGCAGCCCAACCUUCAUCUGCUUGGCCACCUCUUCCUCUCUCGGCCAAUGAGCCACGCCUUCAACUGCAUCCUGCUCUUCCAGUUUGUCUCUAUUGGAAUAAGUUAUGUCUUAGCUGGCAGUGAAGCCUAUGCUGCUCUUCUUAAUGUUAGCCAUAUCUACGUGAUCCCAAUCUUCACCUGGAUUUUAACUCUUGCCAUAUUACUCGCCCACACUGUCAUACAGCCAAUCACGUCAGUGCUUACGUUGCUGAAAGGAAUCCUGCUCAUUGUAACGGUGGCGGUGACAUUUGCAGUGGGGUCAGAAGUCGGCCUUCAGAGCAGCAGUGACUUCAGUCAGAUGGGGAAACCUUUCCUAAUGGGCACAGUGGCCCUGGGAGGAAUCGUCAAUGUGAUGCCUCUACUCUUCUCACAGAUCUCACACAACAAAACACAGAUUCUGUGGUUCAGGAGAGCUGUGCUUGGAGGCCUGACAACCUGCACUAUACUCAACAUCCUUUGGUGCUGGGCAGUGCUGGAAAUCGUCCCCCAGACGUCAUUACCUGAGAGGAGGAUGGCAGCUGAGACGACCCCUCAGCCUCAAGCUAGCAGCUUACCUGGUCCUCAAUCCUCGAUUUCUCCUCUAACGUACUCCAACAUCUCUCUAGAAGAGUCUGAGAAAGCAGGAGAGAUUGCAACCAUCCCUCUGACGCGGUUGAUGGUCUGGUGAGUUCGUUGUGGAGCAGCAGACUGGAGUGGCUGUCUAAAGCCUGGGAGCGAAACCUGCCCAAC